AAUAAUGCUACAUACAUGGUAUGUAGUUCUCUCCAUAAGGUUUAAGAUUACUUCCUUUCCCUAUUCAUUUCAUAUACAAAAACCUUUGACAGCUUUGCUUCCAUUUUUCCUUUUACGUACCAGUUAUAAGCAUCAAUCAACAGAGCUUUAGCAAACAAAAAAAGAAGCCAGAAAUUUAGGGGAAAAAAGAAAAAACAGAUAUGUUAGACAGAAACAUAUGGGGUGGUUCUUUUGAAAUAACCCCCGCAACUCCAUCCUUCGACGACGGCGACGUUGACUGCGACAGAGGAGCGUACAGGUCGCAAUCAGAGGAGGAGGUGAAACAGAGCUGGCUGUUGAGACCAGACAAAGAGACUGAGAGGAGGAAAAAGAGAUCGAGUUACGUGGACGGCAUGAUAAUAAGGACUUUGUUUGUUGUGGUAGUUUUGGUGGGUUUUAUUGCCGUCGUUGUUACAGUCGCGACCAAAAAUAACAGUCACUGGCAUCCGCUGCCUGGCCCUGACAACUAUACCAUCGCACUCCGUCAGGCGCUCAUGUUCUUCAACGCCCAACGAUCUGGAAAACUUCCGAAGGAAAAUAAUGUUUCAUGGAGGGGUGAUUCCGGCUUGAAGGAUGAAAUAGUUGGUGGCUACUACGACGGAGGUAAUGCCAUCAAGUACACCUUCCCAGCAUCUUUUGCCAUGACCAUCCUGAGUUGGAGCGUGAUCGAAUACAGUGCAAAAUAUGAAGCUGCUGGAGAACUAGACCACGUCAAAGGCAUCAUUAGAUGGGGCACUGACUACCUUCUCAACGCCUUCAAUUCCUCUAGUAAAUGGAUAAGCAAUAUAGCCUCACAAGUUGGGGGAGAGCAUGAUCAACACUGUUGGAUGCGACCAGAGGACAUUGAUACCGAUAGUAACUACCCACGUCAUGCAACCUGGUGUUACAACUGCCCAGCUGUGGCCGCAGAGACGGUAGCUGCAUUAGCUGCUGCAUCUAUUGUAUUCAAGGAGAGUGGAGACUAUUCAAAGAAACUUGUCCAUGGUGCUGAAAAGCUGUUUCAGUUUGCUACUAAAGGUCAAGGUGAGAAUUAUAAAGGAAUUCCAGACCCACCCACGACCGUCUACAACUCUAGCGGUUUCUGGGACGAGUUUGUUUGGGGUGGAGCUUGGUUGUAUUGUGCAACUGGAAAUGAUACCUAUCUUCAAUUUGCUACCUCUCCUGGCCUGGCCGAAAAGGACACUGCUUUCUGGGGAGGCCCAAAUCGCGGUGUACUAAGCUGGAACAAUAAGCAUGCCGGGGCUCAGUUGCUUCUAAGCCGUAUGAGGAUUUUCUUGGGCUAUGGCUACCCAUACGAAGAAAUGUUGAGCACAUUUCAAAACCAUGUAGAAGACAUCAUGUGCUCGUACCUUCCAGCUUUCCCAACCUUCAAGCGAACCAAAGGAGGAUUGAUCCAACUCAACCACGGUCGACCAAGGCCUCUUCAAUAUGCAGCAAAUGCAGCUUUCAUGGCUACACUCUUCAGUGAUUAUCUUGAAGCCAAUCUGGUAUCGGGAUGGCAAUGUGGACAGGAAUUUUACACCAAUGAAGCUUUGCGCAAUUUUGCAAGGAGCCAGAUUGAUUACAUCCUAGGUAAAAAUCCUUGUGAUAUGAGUUAUAUUGUAGGCUUUGGCAGCCAUUUCCCGCAGCAAGCACACCAUCGAGGUGCUUCAAUCCCAAACAGCAAGGUCAAGUAUAGAUGUAAAGAUGGAUGGCAAUGGCAAGUUAGUCGAAGACCAAAUCCAAAUACAAUUAUAGGAGCCAUGGUUGCGGGUCCAGAUAAGGAAGAUGGGUUCCAGGAUAUCCGUUACAACUACAAUUACACUGAGCCUACAAUUGCGGGAAAUGCAGGUCUCAUUGCUGCUCUUGUGGCUUUGACAGGUGGAAGGACUUCUAAAAUUGACAAAAAUACCAUAUUCUCUGCAAUUCCUCCACUGUACACAUUUGAACCACCACCUCCAGCACCUUGGACACCAUGA